AUCUAGAAUCCGGAAAACAACCACUGUUUUGUACUCUGUACACAACAUUCCACGCGAUUUGCUACUGUCCGUUUGAACCGGACUGUCUAUUUUUUUUAUUAGGAAAUGGCAAUGUCAGCGCUCGUCCACGUUCUCAUACCCUUCCUGCUUUGCAUUGCGCUUGCAAACACUCACAUUUUCGACAAAGUUUUGGUGGAUGUCACGUAUGAUCACUAUGCGGAAAAGAAAGUCGACAGCCUUCCUGCUUUCUUGUCCAUGCCGUUUAACUGUCUGAUAAACUUGGGAUACAUAUUAUUAGGUAUCUACUGGAUCUUUCAACCGAUGUCAGACAAUAGAGACACCUGUGCAGCCGUCUACACCAAAGACGUGUUCGCGCUCAUGGCAGUGGCCUAUGGACCGGUGCAGUGGGUCCGCUUGGCCACAUUGCGGCGCGCGCCCUCUGUUUUGGACCAGUGGUUCACUUUACCUAUUUUUGCGUGGGUGCUGGUGUGGUGUCGUGUCGUUGACAAAGGCUGGUCGUCCCGUUACGCCUUGAUGGUGGAAUCGUGCUCUGUCCUCAGCUACGGACUGGCGCUCUUUCACGACCGGGGGUUUGAAGUAGCCCUGGGUGGUCACAUCGCCUUCGCCGUGUUCAAAGGCGCCCGAGCGCAGGUGAAGCUCGGAGACACUGCGUCCAUGCGCUACCUCUGCUUGGCCCUGCUGUCCUGCGCUGGUUUCGUGGCUCUCAAGCUUCUGGAUCAUUCUCUUGCACAGUACUGGGUGUUUCAAAAUCUAACUGGACAUUUCUGGUCCAAAGUUUGCGACAUUCUCCAGUUUCAUUACAGCUUUUGUUUUCUCACUCGCCUUAGUGAAAAUACACACAAGCGCUCCUCAUAAAUGCACAUACAUUCAUUCAGUUGAAUAAGGCAAUGAACAUAACAUGUACGAAGAUAAAAUUAUGUCACUGACAUGUUCUCAUUCUAACAAUUAAUGUGAUCAAAGAUUUGAAAAAUCGAAAAUUAAUUUGAUGCUCUUCUCUGUUCAGUUUUAUGUUCAUAACAGUGUCAUAACUUUGUAAUUAAUAGAUUAAGGAAAAAUGCCGAAUAUGUGAAAUACUUGGAUUUCAUCUCUUAGAAUACAGUAUUAUCAAAUCAAUAUAGGCCUACUGUGUGUGUGUGUGUGUGUGUGUGUGUGUAUGCAAACUCACUAUUUCAGGCAUUUAAUUGUGUGCGUGUGUGUGUGUGUGUGUGUUCGUGUACUGUAUGUGUAAUGGUAUGGUUUAAGAGCACACAAAUGUGUAUAAUGACAUGGGUACAAAAUGGUGUUUUAUGAAAUUCAAAAAUUGCCAGUAGACGGGGUAGAUUUAGGUGUAGGGUGAUGGUAAAUACAGUUUGUAUAAAAGCCAUUAUGCCUAUGGAGAGUAAGAUGUGUGUGUGUUUAGUUACAAAUUUAGUUACAAAUUUAAUGUGAGUGUAUGGACUUUAUGAUGUCAUAUCCUAAGCUUCAUUCUCAGGUUUUUCAAUUUAAAGAUGAAUACAAAAUGAAUGUAUAGUUAUGGACAGCCUGGCAUAUGUGCCUUAACUUGACACAUUAAAGCAAAACAUUUUCAUAA